AGAAAGCGUGAAUAUGUUACUACAGAUAUUACGGUGGGUUCGGAAUGGACAUAAUCGCAUCGUAUGGAUUUGGCGUGGAGAUCUCUUCUAUGAAAGAUGCUGACAACCCAUUUGUGAAAAAUGCCAUCAAGCUUUUCUCCAAUGAAAAAGUCGAUAACCCUAUGGUUUUACUCAUGGUGUCGUUUCCGAAGCUGAUGCAUUACAUGGACUUAUUCCCGCCUGAGGCGAGUGACUUCUUCGUCAAGAUCGUUCGGGAGAUCGUCGAGGCUCGGAAGCAAAACCCUGAUACUGGAACGAGGAAUGACUUCCUGGACAUCAUCCUCCAGGCUCUCAAGGAGUUGGAGGAGAACGAGGGCUACCAGCGCAUGGGCAUAACACAGAAGGUGCUGGAGGCACAGCUGAUGGUGUUUUUUCUGGCCGGCUUCGACACGGGGAGGACCACCAUGAGCUUCACUUCCUAUUACUUCGCUCUCCACCCCGAGAUUCAAUCCAAGGUGAGAGAGGAGAUCCUGGAUGCUAUCAAGGCAACGGACGGAGAGAUCCGACACGACACCCUAUCCAAGUUGCCUCUCUUGGAUGCAUGCAUCGCCGAGUCACUUCGCCUUCACCCCCCUCUUAGUCGCCUCGAGAGGGUUACUAAACGUGACUUCCAGUAA